CUCUUGCAUCAGCCCCUCACGUGCAGGGCAUACGAUGGAGGGGCUAUUUCAGCCUUGUGUCUCGAUCGCAUCAACACAUCAGCUUCGAGAUUGUCACUUCGGUUUUCGGGCCAUGACCAAACACAUCUUCAUUCAACUAUUCACAUUACUCCUCAUCGUGGUUCAAAUCAACAUCUGUACUCAAGAAUACUACUUCGUCAACGUGUUUCCCUUACCAGGCAGCUAUGGAGCAGAAGUGGAACUGGGAAGAUAUACAGAAGUUCUGGGGCCCUUAUGUGAAUGUAGUAGUACCAUCCUCCAAUGUUCAUCACGGCAGUCCAGACAGCGUUGAAAUGCUACCAGACAGCAACAAAGAUGGUCAGGGACAAUCAUCCAACCCCUGGGUAGAAGCUCUUUACUCAAAUGACAACUUAAUGCCAGAGAUGGCAUCGAUUGAUGUUACCAGCGCGGUUUUCGCUCCAUCGCAUUGUCUCACCAAAAUGGGCACAAGUGCAUUUGAAUGGGGUAACGAUAAUUCUCUUACAAGGACAUCCACUGGGGACCAACAUCUUAAAAAGAAUGCGAAACUUAUAUGUCAACCUCCCGUAACACCCUUUGGGAGCUGGGAUACCCCUUCAACCUUUAUGACUGCCAGUACUCCUGGUACCUUCUUUUCUGCGAAGUCUACCUGCUCCAGUCCCGGUAGGAACUUUCGAGGUAAUCUUAAGCCUGAGCCCGUAUCGGAGCCCAUACCUAUCAGACGACAACAGCGUGGCGGCCCGAUAAUUGGGAUCAGAGAGGAUUACAAUAAAAAUCUCAUUCGAAGGAAUCUACUUCUACCUCCUGAUAAAGAACUCAACUGGUCAGGCCAGGGCCAGCAUGUGGUUUUUGAGCCUUUCGAGAAGAUUCCACUUGAAACACUAUGCCAUCUUGGAUCAUCCAUAACUGCCACUGUAGACAAAGUCAAGUGCCGCCGCAUCUAUUUAGCUAGGAAGACUAUGAAACUCACUAGGAAUUCGAAUGUUUCUGAUGCUCUACAGGAGGUAGAGCACCUUCAGAAAUUACGGCAUUUCCAUAUUGUUCAAUUGGUAGGGACUUAUUUGCAAGGUCGUCACUUUGCACUACUCAUGUAUCCAGCGGCUGAACACGACCUUAGACGAUUCAUGGAGGAGACCGAGGAUUUGAAGCCAGCGGAAGGCUUUUUUCUGGAUACAGCAUACACUGAUCGAGUAGAGUUUCUGAACUCUAGCAUGGGAUGCAUUGCUCAUGCGGUGGACUACGUUCAUCGAAAUACUGUUAGGCACAUGGAUAUUAAACCCGCGAACAUUCUUGUGAGAUGGAUACCAAGUGGUAUGAAACGAAUUCAUCAUGAACCUCAUUGGCGCAUUUAUCUGGCCGAUUUCGGCUUGUCAACAUCGUUUGAGGAGACGGGCCACAGCCAGACCGAUCGAGCCACUGCUCGAACUCCACGCUAUUGCGCCCCCGAAGUAUAUAACCGCGAGCCUUGGGGUCGAGCUGCAGAUAUAUUCUCUCUUGGUUGCGUAUUUGCAGAGAUGCUGACAGUAAUCUGCCACAAGGAGGUUCAGCUCUUUGCGGAGUUUCGUCAGGGAGAGGGAGAUACGGACUCCUAUCACGCUUGCAUCCCGAAAACGACUGAAUGGUUGCAGAUGCAAGUAUUCGCAUGCCCAGAAUCUUCACAAGUUGGAUCAAAUAUAGUCAUGUCCAUGCUAGAAGAGAACCCUUCUAGAAGGCCUCGGGCAGUCAGAGUAGCCCAGAGACUGCACCCUUCGAUAGAGUGCUGCGAGAGACAUCAAGAGCCGUAUGUAGUUAGUUGACUAACCGUGCAGAAUUCGAAAUUUGAGAAACAAGAAAUACAUUACUGUU